ACAGUAAUUGUCCUCAUUGGCACAGACAUCGAAGGUGUAGUCUGCGCCGCUUAACCCUUUCAGAUGCCAAUUAGUUGUGUUGAUUGAAAUAUUACUUUCACCGCAUUUCUUAUGUCUUCAGAAUCAUGAAAAGCUUACAGCUGCAGAAUAGAUUAAGAGUUUUCCGUUCUUUAGUGAGUUUUGUCAACUUUACAGAAUGGUGGACUCCAUGCGAUAACUCGCUGCAGGAGUAUAAGAUAUGCGAACAUUAACUAUGUCAAGUCUACGAGGCUUGAAAGGCACCUAUCCAGUCACUUGAAAACUAUGACUGGCGCAACACAUUGUGAAAGCAAUGAAAGAAGUGAACCUGCCACUUAGAAUGGUAUACUCAGGCCAAGCAAAAUACCCAGCCAUCUACCUUCAUACUCGUUUUACUAAAACAAUUUGCCUGUGUAAUUCAAACUUGCAGCACUAUUUCAAUCAGAAGCAUUUCAAGAUGUAUGGGAUAUGUUUUAAAUAUCCUUACUUUAACCGAUGCUUUUUCUGUUCAUGCACCAUCUUGGUGUACCCAAUUUUCUACAUAGCGUCUGAAAGGGUUAAACAACUUGAAGUCGCUGGGACCGUGUCGCUAUUUAACAUCUGAAAGAACAAAUGCUAGACGCGCGGAGCCAAGACUGUGGGACUCGGGAUUGGCUCUCCAGGGUUCGCUUGUCCUACGUUUCAGUUUCCAGGAGGUGUCGGCAACGUACCCGACGGCCGAAGCCAAAACUCAGCGAUAAAAUUAGCAUACAGUUAUGCACCCAUAGGCCGAAUUAUUGAAUGGCAUGCCUUAAUGUGUCCAAAAUUUCGGUUGUACUUGUGUAAUGUCGGUGGCCAAAUAAUUGGUUGGUUCCAGUUGUAAAUUAGCCAGUUUCUGAGCAGAGGCUUCAGCAUUACGAGGAAAAGCAGACCAUUUAAAACUGCCUGGAGUCAUCUAAAGCAGUGGUUGAGUGUUACCAGGUGCUCAUCAAAGCUGGCCUGGCUCAGAUGACAUUAACUUGAUGACAUUAACUCUGGCCAAGUGUUACUGACUGAGUGUUCUAGCCUUGCUGUAAACAUGUUAAGCUGGCAGCUGUUAAUAAAAACUCGUAUGAUGUAAAAGGCAUCGUCUGAGCAGCUUCAUUUAAUUUGAAAUAAACUGAUUACAGCACGCUGUAGGAACAGGUUAAUUAGCUUCAUUUAAAUGAAAGGGGUACUCAAGUUUUCUUUUAUUUAGAGGCAGAGAAACAUUGUUUUAGACCAAGCAAAUACUUUCGGGAAUAACGCUUGUCAAUUUUAAGUAUUCGAAAUAUCCUAACGCGUGUCCAGUAGUUGGCAUAUAUUUGAACCUAAGUGCUCUGAAAUCUGUAUUUGGGUGCUCCAAAUGCUCCAAAAUUGACAUUUUCUGCUCCCAAAAUUGCUCCAAAUCUCAGUUCGUCAGUGGCACGACUGGAUGUAGUAAAACUUGAUUGAAUUAAGCAGCCUAGGUGACUAUUUGUAUCUGCCCCAUUUCAGAGGGGAUGCCAGUAAACAUCUUCAUUAUCAAAACAUGAAAGAUAAGUCCUACUGCAGUACACACCUCACAUAACUCGUUUUGAUGGUGGCAGUACGUUGUGUUGUCGUAUUGAUACAAUGUUAAACACAUUGCCGUCAUAGUGACACUCAUCAUGAGAUGGGUUCUACUGAAUGUUUCGACCAUGAGCUAUCCAGUGGCCUUAUUUGACGGGAAAGAGGUUAGAUGUGAACAUACAUAUGUACGUACAUACCACAGACUGGAUGGAGUUUGUGGUAUAAAAGUAAAAUUUGGCAGGCAAUGUAGUGUGUAAGGCAGGUAACCAGUGGUCCAUUGCGGUGAAUGAAAAUGUACCAAUGCAAGGGACAAUAUUUGUUGUGUUUUUUUGUGUGAUGAAUAUUACGAAGACUGCAGAUGUCUGGUGGCAGAGAAUAAGGUGGUGUGAUGAUGUAGAAAAUUUGCAAGCAUAGGAUGGUAUCGGCUGGCGCAAGACAGGGCAAUUGGAGGUUGCUGAGAGAGGCCUUCGUUCUGUGAUGGACAUUAAAAAGGCUGCUUAGAUGACAAUGACCUUGGUAUCUUGCAAUUAGUUUGCAUUAGUCAGACUACACCAAUAGGGUAUGAAGUGAACUCAUGCCUGUUGUUCUGCAGUCGUAAACCAUGUGCAGACAAAGGUUGCUCUGCUUUCAAAUAUUUGUUGUGGAUUGUCCCUUGUAGCUUUUUAGUGCUACUGGACCCGACAUGAUUAUAUUGAGUUCCAUGGCUACACUGUAUUCUGCCCCUACAUCAUUUUUGUUGUUGUAUUUGCCGCUUGUUCUUAAUGUUGCAAUCGCUCCAAUUAUUUUCUGCAGGCCUCACAAAUGCAAUGAGCCUUGGCGAAUGCAUCACUGUUGCCAUAGUGGCAUGCCAGGCCCCUUCCAAGGUCGUCAGUCAGGUCAAGGUUGGCACGCAGUGCUGCGUGCCUCUAGCCGACAAGUCUAUCGGGUGCUCCUUCAAAGCACUGAGCGUGUCGAGGAGCGUGCAGACUACAGAAGCUGUGAAUGAGUCAAGCUCGGCCUCAGGGAGGCAUCAUGACUUCCCACCAACAGUCAAGCACAAAGAGUUGCAGCAGUGCCAAUUCUACCAUUGUGACAGUUGCAACUACAAGACUGCCAGGUUGUCCGCUCUCGUUGUACACAAGUGCAGACGCAUAGAAUCAAGGCCUUCUAUUUCUUCAUCAACAGCCGAGGGUGAGAAAUCACACCAGAGACACCUCUACAGCUGUCAAUUCUGUGACCAUCACACUAAUAACCUGCGAGAUCUUGAAAAACACACCACGGUUCAUACUGGCAAGCGACUAUUUAAAUGCCAUUUCUGCCCUCAUAGCUUCUCACAAAAGACCGAUUUGAACAAGCACCUGCGCAUCCACACGGUGAGCGUCCGUUUAAAUGCCAUUUCUGCCCUCGGAGCUUCCACAAGGACCCACCCUGAAACGACACCUGCGCACCCACACAGGCGAGAAGCCAUUUCAGUGCCCUUCAUGCACUCGGGGAUUCUCGCAGAAACAUUCCAUGAAGCGACACCUGCGCAUUCAUACAAGUGACCGACCACACCGCGGCACCAUCCGCACUAUGUCUUUUGUGCAGGCUGAUUACUUGAGUGAACAUAAAGAAAGAAAGCACCCCGAGACUGUAGAUUAGGUCAACAGCCAUGUUGAACUAGCCUGAAUUAGGCUAUAUGAACAGGUGUACUA